AUGAUGUUCUUCACUGAACCUGUCCGAACGAGUUCCUAUUCUCUCGACUACUAUCCCCACUACAGCCCCGUAGUCUUACUCUCUGCGCGUGCUCGUGCUGCCCGGUAUCUUUCCGAGCAGCGUGAACGUGCAUGGGCUCUGCGUUACCAGCAGCAGCCUCUGAAUCAGCCUACCCCAAUUGCCCUCCUUGCUCAAGAGUGCGACGAAUUUCCCGACCAGCAGUGCAUCAUGCACGUCUUGCGUACCUGUGCGCCGCAGCAUGAGGACAAAAUUGGCCACAUCAUGGCCUGCAAACACACUGAAAUGCGGCAUGCCAACCACGAAGUACGGCAAAUAGCUGAAAUGCAGUGGACCGCGAUCCAACAGUUGCAGGGUAUGGCUGAUUUACGAGCUGACAUCGAGGAGGCACAGAUUUUUGCUCACCACCGUGCAAAUGCCGAGAAAUUCCUCGAGGAAGCUGAGACCUACCUCGAGGAUUUUCUACCUCCGGAUCAGGAGCCAUGCCUGACUAACUUUGAGCCUUUUGAUCUGCCUGAUGAUUCUAUCUCAACUUCCACCUCCGAGGUCAUUGUCCAGGAUGAGCCUUUACUCGAGGACGUAAUGGGAGACUGUGUUAUGACAGAGAGCCAUCGUGCGGCAGAGUACCGGUCUGAAGUGCUCAAUACGCUCCAGUCGAUCCUUGGCUGUCUUUCUGCAGACCCUUCGACUGAAGUUCCUUCCGAAUACGUUCCUGUACUAUUCACUACCGCGGAGACUUCUAGGUCGGUGCAGGCCAACGUCGACGAAGAGGGAAACACAUCCUCAUAG